UGCCUGAAAAAUGUCUGGCUACAUCCAUUCUCGGUCUCCGUUGAAGGGUUAUCUCAGAAUUUUGCAAAUUGGCUGAAAUGGGAAACCGAAAAAUCAAUUCUUGUUUCUAGGGUUUUAUGAAUUUCAGCGCGAAUAAGCUUAUUUCUAUUCCUUUUGAGUUCCAUACAUAUAACGCGGUGACUCUGUUAGGUUUUAGAUUCCUGUCCCAUAUCUCAUAUUCUCUUUAUUUAAGAAAAGACAUGACUGAGAUUCUUGAGAUACAACCGAGUAAGAGCUUGUUGCUUUCUUUAUCUCUCAACAGAUUUCUUUAAUAGAAUUUUCUGGGUUUUUUUUGGAUAUGGUUCUAACAAGCAACGAAACAGAAUCUUGCUCCUUGCAAGAGUCCAAGUUCUUCUGUUCCACGUACAUUGUUUUGUCUUUGGAGUAUUUUGUUCCUCAACUCCAAGAAAUGCUUGUCUCGGAAGCGUUUCUGUGUUUUAUCAUGGAAUCCUAUUAAAAGAAAUCGCGGGCUUUGUUUCUUCAUCUUUUUGAUGCUUUGUGAACCAGAAAAGAUUCGAAAAAAAGCAGAACAAAAAACAGGGGUUUUGAUAAAGAAAUAGGCAGAGUGUCGGCUUCUGAGCACGUGGGUUGGCAUCUAUUAGGGUUCAUUUUCUUUUUGCCUUGGAUAACCAGCAGAAGAAGCAAGCCAGGCUUUUUCUAUAUUAGGUUCCUUCUCUUCUAAUUCAAGUUCAUGGCAUGCUUUAAGAGAACUCUGCUUCCUUACUUUAUCUGUGCUCCCUCUGAUCUCUAUUUAAUCAUCUGGUUAUGCAGAUGAUUAUCCAAAUUUCAAUCUGUUUUAUGAACCAAGUUGUUUUAACAGGUUUGAUUUUGUUGGAGAGGUGAAAGAGAAGGAAGAAUCUGGAAAAACCCUGAUCCUGUUUUUGUUAGUAGAGGGCAAAAAAUGAAGUUUAUGAAGCUUGGAUCCAAACCCGAUUCGUUUCAGUCCAAUGGAGAUAAUAACAUCAGGUAUGUGGCAACUGAGUUGGCCACCGAUGUAGUUGUGAAUGUUGGAGAGGUGAAGUUCCAUCUCCAUAAGUUUCCACUUCUAUCCAAAAGUGCUCGCCUCCAGAAACUCAUAUCCACGGCCAGCGAGGAUUCCAGCAAUGAAGACGAAAUCCACAUCCCCGACAUUCCAGGAGGGCCUGCGGCAUUUGAGAUAUGUGCCAAGUUCUGCUAUGGCAUGACCGUUACUCUCAACGCAUACAACGUCGUCGCUGCUCGUUGCUCUGCUGAGUAUCUCGAGAUGUACGAAUCCCUCGAUAAAGGGAAUCUUGUUUACAAGAUCGAGGUUUUCUUGAACUCCAGCGUUCUCAGAAGCUGGAAAGAUUCCAUCAUAGUUCUUCAGACAACCAGGCAGUUCCAUCCCUGGUCAGAGGAGCUGAAAAUCAUCGGACGGUGCAUCCAGUUUAUUGCUUCCAAGGCUGCCAUGGAUCCGGCAAGGGUAGAAUGGUCAUAUACAUAUAACCAGAAGAAGUUUCCGGUCGAGGAGGAAGGUCGCAUAGUUGUGCCAAGAGACUGGUGGGUUGAGGAUCUCUGUGAGCUUCAUGUCGAUCUUUACAAACGGGUUAUCUCAAUGAUCAGAACCAAUGGCGGAGUCUCGCCCGAGAUUGUGGGGCAAGCUCUAGAGGUAUACGCAACGAGGAAGAUUCCGGGUUUUGGCAAGGGGACGAUGGGUCAGACCAGUGAUCUGUCCAAACACAGACUGUUGUUAGAGACUGUCAUUUCAUUGCUUCCAACCGAGAAACAGAGCGUAUCUUGUGGAUUCUUGAUCAAGCUAUUCAAAACAUCAAUAUCACUGGAUUGUGGAGAUAUCGAGAAGAAAGAGCUAACGAGGAGAAUCGGGCAGAAUCUGGAAGAAGCGACGGUGUCUGAUCUCUUGAUCAGGGCGCCAGAAGGAGCAGAAACAGUAUAUGAUGUGGACAUUGUUCAGAGCAUGAUCGAUGAGUUCGUGAUACAAACCCAGAAAAGAGACGAAUUUGGCCGUUCAGAAAAUGGUUUCAAGGAAAAUGAGAAUGGUGGGUUUGAGUCAGAGGGUUCAAGAGCUUCGGUGGCUAAGUUAGUCGAUGGAUACUUGGCUGAAAUCGCGAGGGAUCCCAAUUUGCCCGUGUCUAAGUUCCUCGCUAUCGCUGAAAAAGUUUUGAAUUUCCCGAGAUCUUCACACGACGGAGUUUACCGUGCCAUUGACAUGUUCUUGAAGCAACAUCCAGGGGUCACUAAGAGCGAGAAGAAAAUGAUAUGCAGAUUAAUGGACUGUCGUAAACUGUCACAGGAGGCUUGUGCUCACGCCAUUCAAAACGAACGGCUUCCGUUACGGGUCGUGGUUCAGAUCCUCUUCUUCGAACAGGUCCGAGCCACGACAGAUGUCUCUAGUCCGGUCAAACCCUCUCUCCCGCCGAGCGGAUCACGCGGCAGUUCGAGGACGACGACCACAAACACGGAAGAUGAUUGGGAUUCUUCUGUUCCUGUGGCCGAGGAGACGUGUAAUAACAAGAACAAGACGAGUUACGACAAGGCCAAAGGCGUUGCCGCCAUGCCUAAGAUAUUCUCCAAGCUAUGGACCGUGAAAGAUAGGGAUGGAGACGUCAGCAGCUCGGAGGCUUCUGAGAGUCCCGGCUCUGCCACGGCCGAGGAGAAAUCUACGCCGUCCACCCGCCGGAGAAGAUCCACGUCCUGAAUAUGACGUCAUUUUUCUUAAUCUAGGUCUUUUUUUCUAAAAAGAUAAGCUAACAUGAUCGCACGUUCAUCGCGUAGAAUCUGUUCUUGAAAGUAAGAUUAAAACGAUUUUUUUUUCAAAGGGUAACACCGAAAAUUUUGAUUAUGUAACCAUUACGAGACGAAGUAAUUAGAAAAAUCGACGAAGAAUUUGGUGCGUA